GAGGAAAGAAACGGAGUCGGAGCGCAAGACAGGAAACUCCCCGCUUCUCCGUUCACUUCAGUUCAGUUCACUUCAGUUCAGUUCAGUUCAGUUCAGUUCAGUCCGGCUCGGCCCGGCUCGGCUCAGCUCGGCUCUCUUUGUGGUGGUUUUGGGCUGAACUCUGGCUCCUCCAGCUGCGGGCAGCCCGGCGGGUCGGGGGAACAUGGAGAGCUGUGGAAGUUGGCUGCUGCUUCCCGUCACUUUACUGGUUUUACUGGGAUUUACGGCGCGGGCAGAGACCUUCAAAGCCUGUCUGUCUGCUCAGUCUGCAGACUGUCCUCUGGUCCAGUCGACAGAAGACGACUUCGACUGGGAGCAGGGCGACACCAGAGAGAGACCGGCCAGCAACCCCUGGAUCCCUGCAGGCUCCUCCUUCCUGUUCGUUAACACGUCGGCUCGUUAUGGCGGUCAGCGCGCUCAGCUGCUGCUGCCGCCGCUCAAAGAGAACGACACACACUGCCUGUCCUUCCUGUACUUCCUGUCUGCCGCCAGAGAGGGCGCCGCGCCCGCCCAGCUCAACAUCUAUGUUAAAGAGAACAACAGCCCAUUGGGCGUUCCAGUCUUCAACUCAUCAGGCCCCGCCUACCACAGCUGGAAGGGGGUGGAGCUAGCAGUGUCCACCUUCUGGCCUAAUUACUACCAGUUGGUGUUUGAGGCGGUCAGCAGCGGUCAGUCUGGAGUUUUGGCCAUCAAGGACAUCACACUGCAGGGACACCAGUGCAUGAGCACGCCUCACUUCCUGCACAUUAAGGGCGUGGAGGUGAACGCCGGGCAGACGGCCUCCUUCCACUGCACCGUCAACGGACGUCCCAGCAGCAGCAUCACCCUGUGGCUGCAGGGGAUUGGUGGGCGGCAGGCGGUCGUCAGGGAAACCAAGCCGGUGAACUCGCGGCGCUACGUGGCGAGCUUCGACGUGCAGAACACCACCAAGGAAGACUCGGGGCGCUACCGCUGCAUCGCCCAAUCAGAGCGCGGCGUGGGCGUGUCCUCCUACGCCGACCUCACCGUCAAACAGCCCCCCGUCCCCAUCGCCCCACCCCAGCUCACAGCGGUCGGCGCCACCUACCUGUGGAUCCAGCUCAACGCCAACUCCAUCAACGGAGACGGACCAAUCGUAGAGAGGGAGGUGGAGUACCGCACGGUGUCGGGCAUGCUGAUCGACACCACGCCGGUCGACAAGCCCACCCACAAGAUCGGCCACCUGGACCCCGACACCGAGUAUGAGAUCAGCGUGCUGCUGACCCGGCCCCUGGACGGAGGCACGGGAAACCCCGGGCCGCCUCUCAGAGCCAGGACCAAGUGUGCAGAUCCCAUGCACGGCCCGCGGCGCCUGGAGGUGGUCGACGUCCAGGCCAAGCAGGUGACGGUGCGCUGGGAGCCGUUCGGCUACAACGUGACGCGCUGCCACAGCUACAACCUGACAGUGCACUACCGCUACCGACCAGCAGGGGGCAGCAGGGAGGAGGAGGUGCGGGAGGAGGAGGUGUACGACACGCGCAGCGCCCUGCCGCAGCACACCCUGCGUAACCUUCCACCCUUCACCAACGUCAGCCUGAAGCUCCUCCUCACAAACCCAGAAGGAAGAAAAGAGAGCCAGGAGCUGCUGCUGCUCACCGACGAGGACGUUCCUGGAGCGGUUCCGGUGGAUUCCAUCCUGGGCAGCAGCUACGAGCAGCAGAUCAGCCUCAGCUGGAGGGAACCACAGCAGACCUACGGGCUGAUCCGCCAGUACGAGAUCUCCUACAAGGCUCUGAGCUCCUUCGACACAGAGUUCGACCUGUCCAAUCAGAGCGGGAAGGUGUUCAAACCGGCCAAUGAGACGAGCCACGUGUUCGGCGGCCUGUACCCAGGCUCCACCUACUCCUUCACAAUAAGAGCCUCCACCGUCAAGGGCUUCGGACCUCCAGUCAUCACCCAGUUCACCACCAAGAUAUCAGCUCCUCUCAUGCCGGCCUAUGAUCAGGAGUCUCCUCUGAAUCAGACCGACUCCACCGUCACCGUCCUGCUCAAACCAGCCCAGAGCCGAGGAGCGCCCGUCAGUCCCAACCUGGAUCCACAGGUUCUGCUGCAGCUAAGCACAGCUGCCUCCAGGUGUUUGAUCAGCAGCCAUGCUCUCCAGGCCCUCAGCUUUGAUCUUCUUCAGCGCUGUCUUCAGCUGGUCUUUGAAACGCCUCUUCAGGCCACCAGCCGAGCGCCGGCCUUGGUGGAGCCACCAUAUCACACUCUGCGGGGGAGCCGGUGGCGGGGCAUCCUCAUGACAUGCUCCCGCCGGCGCAGUUGGUGCUGGGUGACUGAGGCCUCAAUGCUUUGGCAGCCUGUUCUCCUCAAGAUCUCUGUGUGA